UCAUAAGUGAAUCACCCUUUGGACUUUCUUCACAAACUUUCUAAGGGAGUUUUUUUGCUCUGUGAAAUUAUUGAAUUUCUCUGGUAAAAUCAAACGGAAGUGGUUAAAAAUAGUGAGAAAGUUGAGAUAAAGUUCCCAGGAACAAAUUGAGAGAUGGUUGGUUCACGUGUCUACGUGGGUGGUUUACCAUAUGGCGUGCGUGAGCGCGACUUAGAGCGCUUUUUCAAGGGUUACGGAAGAACUCGUGACAUCCUCAUCAAGAAUGGAUAUGGAUUUGUGGAGUUUGAGGACUAUAGAGAUGCAGACGACGCUAUAUACGAGCUAAAUGGGAAGGAGUUGCUGGGAGAAAGGUCUUCUUCCAGAGUCGUUGUAGAGCAGGCUCGAGGCCAAGCGAGAGGUGGGCAUCGGGAUCGAUAUGAUGAUCGAUAUAGUCGCAGGGGACGCUACAGCGAUAAGUCAUCUCGCUACGGACCGCCAUUGCGAACGGAGUAUCGUCUAAUUGUGGAGAAUCUAUCAAGUCGUGUCAGCUGGCAGGACCUAAAGGAUUAUAUGCGCCAAGCCGGGGAGGUUACCUAUGCUGAUGCCCAUAAGCAACGUCGCAAUGAAGGUGUUGUUGAAUUCGCCUCAAGUACGGACAUGAAGACUGCCAUUGAGAAGUUGGAUGAUACGGAAUUGAAUGGACGUCGUAUUCGUUUGGUUGAAGAUCGUCGUUCGGGACGUGGACGUGGACGUUCUCGUUCAUCAAGCAGCCGUUCGCGAUCACGUUCACGUAGGCGUUCACGAUCACGCUCUCGCUCCAAGUCACGCAGCCGCUCCAAGUCUCGUGGACGUUCCAAGUCUCGCGGACGCUCCAAGUCCAAGUCUGCGGCCAAGUCUCGAUCGCGAUCACGAUCAAACAAAUCCCGAGAUAAUUCCAAGUCCAAGUCUCGUUCGCGAUCACUUAAACGUGAUUCACGCUCACGAUCGCGCUCAUUGAAACGCGAUCGUGACUCCCGUUCACGGUCUCGAUCAAAAUCCAAUAGGAAAUCCAUUUCGAGAGAUCGUUCUGAUCGUUCGGAGGACAAAGAUCGCAAAUCUCGUUCGGAAUCACCAAAAAACAACGGAGGAUCACCAGGACAAAAUGAAAGUAUGGAGGAUUAGACGGCUAUUUCAACAACAUGCGCGUGUUUACUUCUUUUUUCUUUCCUUCUUUCAUUAGUAAAAGAAAAAAUAACAAUACCAAUUGCAUAAGGAUUUGUUGGUAGGGAAACACUUAGAAAUAAAUUAUAAGAAUUUUAAUUUUGAUCACAAAAAAAUUUCCAAAAUGAUUUAAUUUUCAUCAUUGUGCAAAUGCACACAAAAAAAUCAGAAGGAGAAUUAUGAAUAAAAGAAAAACAAAUUGGGAUUAAAAAUUGGCAUUCUGUAUUGAAAAUAGAAAAAAAGAAAAUAUUUAAAAGAAAAAUUAGAAUAAACAGUGAGAAGAAAAAUUAGAAAGUAAAAGAUCACAUUUUUUUUAAUUUGUGGUUUAAUAUAAACUGACAUUUAUUUAGUUUUAGAGACAGCAUAGAUUUUUAUACAAAAAAAAUGAAAGUUUUAUUUUUAAAAUUCAAUACAAUUAAGUUCUCUUCACAGACUAACUAGGUAAUUAUAAUAAUUAUUUUUUCUUUUCUUUCCUCAACACAAUAUAUAAAAAAAGCUCUAAUAUGUCCUUAAAUACAUAAUAAACAUCUCUUUUAUUAUUUGUAAUUCAUAUAAAAUUAAACAUAGUUUUAAGAGGAAGUUGAGAAGCGGACUUUAUAUAGUAAAUGAGAGGUAAAGCGUCCUUUUCUAUUUUUAUGUAGGAAAGGAGAUUUAAAAUAAACCUGAAGAUUAAUCCAUAUUAUAGUAGGAUACAGAAAGAAGGUGUAUUGUGUGAAAACAAAACAAAACAUACUUUAAAUGUAAAAUUAAAUAAACUGUAUAAGUGGGUACAGAUUGAAGUAAAAAUUACUUGAGAAUA